GAACGCCAUACGGACGUUCGUCGUAACGCUGUUCAACCACAUCUCCACGACCGGCAAGCGGGUGAUUCCGGUUGAAACAAGAGUCUACGAAAAUGACGACAGUCCAAGUUGCUAUUGUGCCUUCCAGCACCAAGACUUGUGCGACGAGCAGAAAUGCUCUGCUAUUAUAUGAAUUCUCAGCCAUUCUGCAGCAAGCGUCGUAUUCAAUGAUUCAGGCAGAAUAGACUUGAACUUCUCGAAGCUCAUGGCGCAUAAGUAUGUGUUCUUGAAAGUGCGAUUUUCUCUCGAAUCCAUCGUUUGCACGGUCCAGAAAAGACAAUAUGGCACCAGUUUCAGUAAUUGAUGACCUCGCUCCUCAUGCUGAGGGAGUCUCAGCACCAAUUGUUACAAACAUUGCUGCUGAAGACAAGGUGAAGUGGUACAGGAAGCCCAACCUACGAGUCAUGUAUCUCUGUCUAUUUGCAUGUUGUAUGGGUGUCGAGAUGACGUCUGGAUUCGACUCGCAACUCAUCAACGUUCUUCAAUAUACCAACUAUUGGAAAUAUUAUUUCUCCGACAAGAAAGAUGCUUCGGGAGUACCAUAUCUGAGCCCAGGUCUAUUGGGAUUCUUGUCUGCCUCCUACCAGCUUGGGUCUAUUAUUGGCGUACCAUUCGCUCCUUAUGUUAAUCAGCGUUUUGGAAGACGUCUGCCAAUUCUAGUGGGAUCUAUAAUCAUGGUCACUGGUGCAAUCAUACAGGGAUUUUCCCAGGAUCUCGGGAUGUAUCUCUUCGCGCGUAUGGUGCUCGGUUUUGGGAUAAUAUUUUGCAUAAUAUCUGGUUCUUCUCUGAUUGGAGAAUUGGCUCACCCCAAGGACAGAGAUACUUUGACGUCCCUCUUCAACUCCUCCUACUUUAUCGGUCAAAUCGCGGCCGCAGCUGUUGGUCUCGGAACCACAUCUGUUCCCAGCGAUUGGUCCUGGCGUAUCCCUUCUUUAUUGCAAAUGUGCCCGUCACUUCUGCAAAUAUCAACUAUCAUGUUGCUACCGGAAAGUCCUCGAUGGCUUAUCAGCAGAGACAGACACGAAGAAGCGCAUGCCGUCUUGACAAAAUAUCACGCUGAGGGCGACCCCGAGUCUGUUCUUGUCAAGGCCGAAAUGGCUCAAAUUCGGUCGACUAUCAAGAUCGAGAUGGACAACUCGAAGCAGUCUUGGUUAAACAUGGUUAGCACGAAAGGAAUGCGACGCCGCACCAUUAUCGCUGUCUUCCUCGGCCUCUUUACCCAGCUGUCUGGAAAUUCGCUUCUUACCUACUAUUCGAAUUUGUUGUUUGAUCGUAUGGGCUACACAUCAAGCUAUGCCAAAACGAGGAUUAACCUCGCAAAUGCCUGUUUUGGCUUACUUACUGCUACUACGAUGGCACUUAUCGUGGCAAGGUUCAAACGCAGGGUUAUGUUCAUGACAGCUGCAGCAGGCAUGCUACUGGUUUUCAUCUCCAUGACAGUCUCAUACAAGAAGCUUCAUGAAGCAAAAGAUCACGGGAUUAAUAAUAAAGCUGCUGGAAUCGCCGCAUUGUUCUUCUAUUUCGCAUUCAAUGUCCCUUAUAAUCUUGGCAAUAACGCGUUGACUUAUACUUUUCUCAUUGAGCUCUUCCCCUACAACGUCAGAAGCCGUGGUAUUGGAAUCGAACAAGUUUUCAACAAGAUUGGUCUCUUCUUUUCUAAUAACGUCAACCCGAUCGCAUUGACAGCUAUCGACUGGAAGUACAUGGCAAUAUACUGCGGAUGGAUUGCAUUUGAGUUUCUCUUCAUUUUCUUUAUGUAUCCUGAGACCCAAAGCAGGACACUUGAGGAAUUGGCGUUCCUAUUUGAAGAUAAAGAUCUCGCCGAUCAAGCAGUCAUCGCUGUGGAGAAAGAGAUUCAUUUUGACGUGGGCAAAGAUGAGCACAUCGAGGAGGCCCCACUCUCGUAGCCAGAAGAUGCAGGUGAGAAAUGAGGCAUCUACUAGGGAGAGCGAAAAUGCGACUUUGACUCCUCAUCCAUCCGUCUUGCUUCGGAUUUUUGGGACUAGGUGAUCCAAGGCUUGCCUGAGACGGUGUGCAAGAGUGCAAUUAGCUGUUAGUUUCUGUCUAUCUAUCAUAUGCAUAAAGCAUGUUAAUUGGUGGGAUUUUCUUUCUCAGCUGCCAGGCUGAAGCAGGUUGCCG